GGUGUAAGACAGGAGCAAGAUAUCUAUGUUCGAUUAAUUGAUUCUGCGACAAAACAGGUUGUGGAGUAUGAAGGAAGCAACCAUAUAAAGAACCCGGAAAUGCAAAGAGUACUUUUAACCCAUGAGGUUAUUUGCAGUCGGUGCUGUGAGAAGAAAAGUUGCGGUAACCGAAACGAAACCCCGUCUGAUCCUGUGGUUUGUGACAGGUUCCAAUUAAAGUUCUUCUUGAAGUGUAAUCAGAACUGUUUGAAAAAUGCUGGAAAUCCACGAGAUAUGCGCAGAUUCCAGGUCGCAGUGUCUUCAGCACUUCAGGUUGACACGACCUCCCUGCUCUGCAUCUCUGAGAACAUGUUUGUUCACAAUAACAGUAAACAUGGACGGAAAAUCAGGCGUCUGGACGGUUCCGACGGAUACAGUCUGGGUUCUGGGGUAGUGGGAUCUUCUGACUCCAUCACUACCGCCGCUCAUUUAAACGGAAUCUACCCUCACACACUAGUUCCUCAAAUCAAAGCAGUUUCCCCUAGCGAGGGAUGGACAGCUGGAGGUCAAACUGUUAUUAUCAUUGGGGAAAACUUCUUUGAUGGACUUCAGGUUAUUUUUGGGACAAUCCCUGUUUGGAGUGAGCUCAUUACCUCUCAUGCAAUUAGGGUUCAAACCCCGCCAAGACAUAUUCCUGGUAUUGUUGAAGUAACAUUGGCCUAUAAAUCUCGGCAGUUCAGUAAGGGGGCUCCCGGCAGAUUUAUUUAUGUUUCUUUGAACGAGCCUUCAAUUGACUACGGGUUUAGCAGGCUGAGUAAACUGGUUCCAAGGCAUCCAGGAGACCCAGAAAGAUUACCGAAGGAGGUUGUUCUAAAGCGAGCAGCAGAUCUAGCUGAAGCUCUGUAUGCUAUGCCACGAGGUGGUCUAGGAGGUCGAGGAGAUCUAGGUGGUCGCACAGAAGGAUAUAAUUAUAGUCAGCUUGCUGCUAUACAGCAUGAUACGCCUUAUGACGGAGUAGAAGACUAUAACAGACAAAAUUCAUCUCCAAGGACAUAUACCGAGCCGGCUGUAACCCCAGUUUCUAGCUCCGGAUAUUUAUCAGGGAUGACGGGAGCCGGUAUGCCGGGAUCUCCGGCUCUUUUUAAUACUUCGUCAACUUCAUCUCCCUCCCCGACUGAGAAAGACCAAGCCUCAAUUUUGGCGCAUAUGCAGAUGUCGCUACGGACACACAUGACUGAUGCACGUGGGGCAGAAACCGGUUUACGUAAUCAUAUGAUUGACCCGCGGCAAACUGAGCUCAACAAAAAUCAAUCAAUCAUUGAUACUAAAAAUUUUAUGGCUGAUGGUAGACAGUUUCCACCCCCGAUGCAUUACAUGGGAAUGCAACAUCUUUCCCCGUGGCAGCUUGCUGCUCAUUAAGGAAUGUCGUCUUUGAUGUCAAGCUCAUUUGCUGCAAUGUCUCCCUUUUGUGGCCAGCCUUACACUCCUUUAACUGCCUCAGCGAAAU